CCCAGUUGUUCUCCAAGCGGAUUCUCAGGGGCUGGUUCAUCACCUCCGAAUACUCUUGUGACAGGAGGCGCUUGCAAAACCCGCCUCCCGCCCCUAGCAGCAAUAAAUAGAAGGCUCCAGCCCAGGAGAAGCCAGGAGAAGUUUCUAGGCCUGCGUCCCAGGGUUUAUUAAGCUCCUGGCUCCUCUCUAAACCACAGCAGGCUCUGGCUGAGAGCCUGGGUGCCUGGGAGGACGGAGGCCGGCUGAUCUCUGGUGAGGCAGUGCAGAGAGGCCCUCGGGGAUUCUGCUGGACCAGCCGGGGCCUGGAGUGUCUUUGGAGGCUGGGACCCCAGCCUGCUGUGUGCCUCUGUCCUUGGCGGUGGAUGGUUCACAUUUCCUGGGGCUGAAGACGCUGUGAAGGCCAGCCUAUCCACCUCACCUUGCUGUGUGACCUUGGGCAAGUGGGCCCCUCUCUCUGAGCCCUUCCAGCUCAGCAGCCACCAUGGCUGACGGUCAGAUGCCCUUCCCUUGCCACUACCCCAGCCGUCUGCGCAGAGACCCCUUCCGAGACUCGCCCCUCUCCUCCCGCCUGCUGGACGAUGGCUUUGGCAUGGACCCCUUCCCUGACGACUUGACUGCCUCGUGGCCUGACUGGGCCCUGCCUCGACUCUCCUCCGCCUGGCCGGGAACCCUGAGGUCAGGCAUGGUGCCCCGGGGGCCGACCGCCUCAGCCAGGUUUGGGGUACCUGCCGAAGGCAGGAGCCCCCCGCCUUUCCCCGGGGAGCCCUGGAAAGUGUGUGUCAACGUGCACAGCUUCAAACCAGAGGAGCUGAUGGUGAAGACCAAGGACGGAUAUGUGGAGGUGUCUGGCAAACAUGAAGAGAAGCAGCACGAAGGCGGCAUCGUUUCCAAGAACUUCACAAAGAAAAUCCAGCUUCCUGCAGAGGUGGACCCUGUGACAGUAUUUGCCUCGCUUUCCCCAGAGGGCCUGCUGAUCAUCGAAGCUCCCCAGGUCCCUCCUUAUUCAUCAUAUGGAGAGAGCGGUUUCAACAACGAGCUUCCCCAAGACAGCCAGGAAGUCACCUGCACCUGAGACCCCAGUCUUGGCCCAUCCUUGUUCCCUCCCCAACCCCAGGGCUUCUCCAAUUCCAGGAUUCAUUACUUUAGCUGAACUCUUAGAUUUAGUGUGACUACAGUGUUGGGGGUGGGAGUGAACUGACCAGAUUCCCUGGAUAACGUAGGAGUAGGUUUUUCCACAGGAUGGCGCAACUGGCAAGUCGUGCUCGGUUGCAUUAAGCCAAGAUGCUGGGAGUUUUUCUUUCCUUACCUUUCCUAUCAUGAAAAUGUUGCACAUGGAUGCAAACAAACGCAAGGGGACAUCACAUUUCACAUUGCAUCUAACCUUGCAGCUAAUGCAAGGGUUGCUUUCCUCUGGAGACCUCCCCCUCACCCAGAGUCCUUUUCUGGGCUCCUAAUUUCCAUGCUUACCCCAUGGUUUGGUCAAUGGAGCUCACACCAUUGUGUUUCUGCAGUCCAGACCCACAAAGAGUUAUAUGCAGGUCUUACAUCCCAUGUGGCAUCUCCCCAACGAUCACACGAAAACAGACAGUGCCUUCUGUCCUCCACCCAGGCACCUCGUGCCAGUUCCCCAGCUGCACUCCUCAAGGACUCUGGAAGCCCCUCAGUUUAUUCUCUGGCUCAAGUGCCCCCUUUCUUGCGUCUCCUAUGUCCAAGUCAGGAUUUUUACAGAGGGGGCUGUCUCCGGACAGCUCCGCCGGGAACCAAGUAAAGGCCAGACAACCUGGCAGGCAGGCUAUGGUUUUGUGUUUUGGGUGGGACGUGUGUGUCAUUAUUAUUUGACUUGUGCUGUUAUUUAGGGGGAAAUGACAGUAAAUAAUAUUAAUAAAGGAGCUGAUGUUCUUAGCCUUGUGUGUUCUGUUGGUGAGGCAUGAAAUAUGAUGCCAGUCAGAUUUGCAGUAUCAAUUAGGGGUGCUGUGGCUGCAGAUAAUAAUGCCCAAUGAAUACUGGCUAAGAGACAUGAACG